GUCAGCGGGUCGGCGCGCCUGAGUGGCUGGCUGGCUGGCGGAGCCGGCGUCGCCCGCGGUAAAUGGCGCCGGUGGCGGGAAAGUUGAGUGCCAGGUUCGCCGAGCCUUCGGGGCGAUGUGUAACGACUUCUAUAGGGCGGAGUCCGGGACGGAGCUCCUUGCCCGGCUCGAAGGCAGAAGGUCCCUGAAAGAGAUGGAGCCGUGCCUGUUUGCGGACGAAGACUCGCCCGUGCACGGUGAUAUUCUUGAAUUUCACGGUCCGGAAGGAACAGGAAAGACGGAGAUGCUGUAUCACGUGACAGCACGGUGCAUACUCCCAAAAGCGGACGGCGGCCUGGAAACAGAGGUCGUGUUCAUCGACACCGAUUACCACUUCGAUCUGCUCCGGCUCGUCACGAUUCUGGAGCACAGGCUGGCGCGGAGUUCGGAGGAGACCGUCAAGCGCUGCCUCGCAAGGCUGUUCCUGGUGCACUGCGGCGGCAGCCCGCAGCUGCUGCUCACGCUCCACUCCCUGGAGACGCUGUUCUGUGGCCGUCCCGCCCUCUGCCUCCUGAUUGUGGACAGCUUGUCGGCUUUCUACUGGGUGGACCGGGCCAACGGCGGGGACAGCGUGGGCCUGCAGGAGGCCCCCCUGAGGAGGUGUUCUCAGGUCCUGGAGAAGCUGGUCCAGGAGUACCGCCUGGUGCUCCUGGCCACCACACAGAGUUUGAUGCAGAAAGCCUCGGACUCCGGCGAGGGCCCGUCCUCGGCCUCCCGCCCCCCGGGGGACGCGGACGCCGGCGUGGACUACAGGCUGUACCUCUGCAAGGCGUGGCGGCGGCUGGUGACGCGCAGGGUCUUCUUCUCCAAAGACGGGGCUAAAGCCACCAACCAGUUUUCUUUGGUUUCACGUCAUUUAAAGAGUAACAGUGUGAAGAAGCACUUUUUUACUAUCGGAGAAAGUGGGGUUGAGUUUUGCUGAUAUGGGUCGACAUAGUCUUGUAGGACAUUAGGCAAGUUUUAAAAAGUCGUUAACAGGCUACAGUGGCUCAGUUCUGAAGUUGUGCACUCCAAGGAAUCACCAGUGUUUCCGCACGGAGUGGGCUUCUUACCCCAGCACGGCGACACCUUAGAGUACUCUGCUCCCGGGUUGCUGGAGAUCCGUCACAGCGAUACUGACCAUUAAACCAUAUGUCAGGCUUGCUUUAAAACUAAAUAAAUCCUAUACUCAUUUUAGCCCA